AUGGCUCCGACAAAGGCGUCUCGUGGGAAAGCUCCCAAAUCCCAUCAUGACUCUGGAAGGACCAUGAAACGCAAGCGCGGUCAGGAAGACCUUACCUCGCUCAUCCAGCGUGUCGAGGACCUCGAUCUCAAAGCCGCGGUCAAAAACUUCUCCGAUCUGCCUCUCUCCGAACCCACCGCCGAUGGCCUGUCUGCCUCUCACUACAAGGUCAUGACUGACAUUCAGUCGCGCGCCAUCAGCUCUGCUCUCAAGGGUCGCGAUAUCCUCGGUGCCGCCAAAACCGGUAGCGGAAAGACCCUGGCCUUCCUCGUCCCCAUCCUCGAGAACCUGUACCGCAAACAAUGGACCGAAUACGAUGGUUUGGGCGCGCUGAUUCUUGCACCAACUCGCGAAUUGGCUAUCCAGAUUUUUGAGGUGCUGCGCAAGGUUGGCCGUUACCACGCCUUCUCCGCUGGCCUGGUGAUUGGAGGAAAGAGCUUGCGCGAGGAACAAGACCGUCUUGGACGCAUGAACAUUCUGGUCUGCACCCCUGGUCGUAUCCUGCAGCAUCUAGACCAGACGGCCAUGUUUGAGACCAACAACCUCCAGCUUCUGGUCAUGGACGAGGCCGAUCGCAUUCUUGACAUGGGUUUCCAGAAGUCGGUGGACGCUAUCAUCGACCAUCUCCCCAAGGGACGCCAGACCAUGCUCUUCAGUGCAACACAAACCAGGAAGGUCUCUGAUCUGGCUCGUUUGAGUCUCAAGGAGCCUGAGUAUGUCGCCGUUCACGAAGCUGCAGCUUCAGCUACCCCAGCAACUCUCCAGCAACACUACGUGAUCACCCCACUCCCUAAGAAGCUGGACACCCUGUGGAGUUUUAUUCGCAGCAACCUCAAGUCAAAGACGGUGGUGUUCCUGUCUUCUGGAAAGCAGGUGCGGUUUGUCUACGAAUCCCUACGUCACCUCCAGCCUGGUAUUCCAUUGAUGCAUCUUCACGGCCGUCAAAAGCAGGGUGGUCGAUUGGACAUCACCACCAAAUUCUCCCAGUCACAGCAUGCCGUGCUCUUUGCGACAGAUGUGGCUGCUCGUGGUCUUGAUUUCCCUGCUGUGGAUUGGGUAAUUCAGAUGGAUUGCCCCGAGGAUGCUGACACCUACAUUCACCGAGUCGGUCGGACUGCUCGAUACGAGCGAGUUGGUCGUGCCGUGCUGUUUUUGGACCCCAGCGAAGAGAAGGGAUUCCUGAGCCGACUUGAACAAAAGAAGGUUCCAAUUGAACGCAUUAACAUCAAGGCGAACAAGCAGCAGAAUAUCGCCCACCUGCUUCAAAACAUGUGUUUCAAGGACCCAGAACUCAAGUACCUGGGCCAGAAGGCAUUCAUCUCAUAUGCGAAAUCAAUUUACGUGCAAAAGGAUAAGGAAACUUUCAACAUCAAGGAACUCGCAUUGGAGGAGUAUGCGACUAGCUUAGGCCUGCCUGGUGCUCCCCGCAUCAAGUUUAUCAAGGGUGACGAUACCAAGGAGCGUAAGAAUGCUUCAUGGAGGAUGGCGCAUCUGUCCAGUGGAUCGGAAGACGAGGACGAAGAGGACUCGAAGAAGGACAAAAAAGACGAGAAGCAAGUCCGCACCCGCUACGAUCGCAUGUUCGACCGACGCAACCAGGACGUGUUGGCAGACCAUUACUCGAAGCUCAUCAACGACGAUGGCACACUUAUCGCCGCCGGAGCUGGCAAUGGCGCUGGCGAAGAUGCAGACGAAGAUGCGGAUUUCCUGUCUGUCAAGCGCAGAUUCGAAGUUGGCGACGAUACACUCGGCCAGGGUGCUACCGACUCGGAAGACUCGGAAGUUGAGACAAAAACCAAGGUGGUCAAGCUCGAUGGCCAGGAUCCAUUGGUCAUCGACUCCAAGCGUCGCGAGAAGCUGCUCAAGUCGAAGAAGAAGCUUCUCAAGUUCAAGGGCAAGGGUACCAAGCUCGUCUACGACGACGAGGGCAACGCCCACGAGGUCUACGAGAUGGAGGACGAGGAACAGUUCGCGGCCCGGGGCGACGCGAAAGCCCAGCGCGAGCGCUUCGUGGCAGAAGAAGCCGAGCGCACUCGCCGCGCCGAUAUCGACGACAAGGAAGUGGUGCGCGAGAAGAAGCGCGAGAAGAAGGAGAAGCGCAAAGCCCGCGAGCGUGCUCUUGCCGAGGAGGAGGCUGGUUCAGAAGGCGAGGGUGGCUUCCAGCUUCCGUACAUCCCCUUCAAGGACCCCAUGGAGUCUGCAUCCGAGUCCGAGCGGGAAGACUCACGUCCGGGCAAGAAGGCUCGGGUGUCCUUUGCCGGAUCGGACAGCGAGGAGGACCGACCGAGCAAGAGCAAGAAGAGCAAAACCGCUGCCGCGCCCCAGAUCGAAACUUUGCAGGAUCUGGAAGCGCUGGCCAGUGGCUUGCUGGGUUAA